AAUCUGUUCAGCUAAGUCUAUGUGUCACCGUGCAUACAUGCAUAGAUUCCAAAGCUUCCAGUCAACAGUGCACACAUUAAUAAAACUAUACAUGGAACUUACUUUAUGGUGUCUCCUCAUAACACUCUUUAAAUUGAACUACGUGACAUGUGUUUCUAGGAAUUUGUACUGAUGUUCAGUUCUUGUUGUCACACUAGCCUGAGAGCUCUUUAUGGCACAGACACUGUGAUGAAUGCAGUCCAUGGUUGUGAUUCUGCUGAAAGUGCAGCAAGGGAGCUUGCCUUCUUUUAUCCUGACUUUGUGGCUCCUACUGUAAUCCAGAAAAGAAAAAAGAAGCGUUUACAAAGGACUCUUGCCCUCAUCAGACCAGAUGCACUACGCACACGUAGAGAGUCUAUUCUGGCAAAGAUUGAGGAGUCAGGGUUUACCAUUGCCAUGUCAAAGGAAAUAACACUUUCAAGGGAGCAGGCAGAAGCUUUUUAUGCAGAACAUAAAGGCUCUGAUUUCUUUGAAACUUUAGUUGAAAAUAUGACCAGGUUUGUUGAAGCUAUAUUUCUUGGACAGAAGCAAUAAUAUUGCAUGUAUUGCAAUAAUAUUGCAAAUGUAUUGUUUCCUCACUCUGGAUGCAUAAUAGUUGAAGAAACUUAUUUCCAAAAAUCUGACAGAGCAAAAUGAAAUCUGCACAGUUCAUUCUGAACAUUAAUUUACAGUCCAAGACUGUCUCUUUAGUCACAUUGAAUGAACC